ACGAGGCAGUGGCACAUGAGAUACUUCGUGAAUCUCGAGUUCUGGAAGAAGGGCGGCCCGGUGUUCGUGUUUCUGGGGGGAGAGGGACCGGCGUCGAAGAGGCUGCUGACGACGGGGAUAAUGUACGAGAUGGCGAGGGAGACCCGCGGGGCCAUGUACGCCACCGAGCACAGGUACUACGGUCGCAGCAAGCCCGUGCGCGGGACCGCUGCCGAGGACUUCCGCUUUCUGAGCGCCAGGCAGGCGCUUGCGGACGUGGCGCGACUGAUCAGGAGAAAGAGGGAGUACCCCCACUUCGCAGACUCGAAGUUCGUGGUCGUCGGCGGGUCGUACGCCGGCAACCUGGCGGCGUGGGCGCGCGCCCUCUACCCCGAGCUGGUGGACGCCGCCGUCGCCAGCAGCGGCCCGGUCCUCGCGAAGAAGGACUUCCGUGAGUACCUCGAGAAGGUCCGCGAAAACUACGAGCACUACGGGGGCGCCGGCUGCCUCGACCGCAUCCGGGCGGCCUUCGCGAGGUACGAGACGCUGCUGGGGAGCGCCGAUGGAAUCGAUCGUCUGAGGGAGGAGGAGGGCAUCUGCCCCGAGUGCGACAUGACCGUGCCCGAGAAUCAGCAGGUUUUCUUCAUCAGCAAAGCGUCGCCCUACAUGAUUGCCUCCCAGUACGGAACCGUCGGGAGCGUCGCGGAGCACUGCGCGGCUCCGGCCGGCAACUCCAGCCGCAGCUUCCCGAGGUCCGGGCGGAGCUGCUCCGACUACAGCUUCGCUGCGAUGAUCGAGGAGUACCGCGCGCCGGAGAACGACUGGGCGCUGGCCUGGACGUACCAGACGUGCACCGAGUUCGGCUACUUCCAGACCACCGCCUCCCCCGCGCAGCCGUUCAGGAACGUCCCGCUGAGUCUGUACGUGGAGAUCUGCGAGGCGCUUUUCGGGGCGGGGUUCGACGAGGCUCGCGUGGACGCGGGGGUGGAGGCGGCGAACGCGCUGUACGGCGGGCGGGCGCCGAACGUCAGCCGCGUCGUGUUCAGCAACGGGGAUAUGGAUCCAUGGAGCUCGCUAGGUGUGCUGGAGGACGUGUCGUAUGAGGCGCCGGCCGUGCUCGUCCCGCGCGCCUCGCACUGCCGGGACCUCUUCUCCGACGGGCCCGUCGACCACGAGGAGUUGAAGCAGGCGAGGAUGCACAUCAAGUACUUGAUAAAAACAUGGAUCGGCGCCGCCCCAUACGUAUAGCCGGUAUAAUUUAGCUCCAUGGAUUUUAUGCUUCAUGACAAUAAUAAAUACAUAUAUUU